UUUUGCUCCAGAAAGGUCACAAAAUAAUCAGCUAAGAUGGGGAAAGGAUUCAAUAAUUACAUGUGCAAAAAGUUUUUCCAUCCCGCCUCGAGGGACAACCUCAAAAGGGUCUGGAUGGCAGAGCAGCAGGCAGAGGCGUAUAAGAAAAAGCAGGAAGAGCUACGGAACCAGUAUGAAAAGGAGCAGGAACUGCACGACAACAAGGCAAUGCUCAGCAGGGACAGCAAGGACAAGCUGAGUGUUAAUUUUAUGUACGAACUCCCGCCAGGCAUGAAGAAGGAGCGCGAACAGGAAUCAAACGAGUCCGAGUAUAAAUUCGAAUGGCAGCGCAAAUAUAAUGCACCGCGUGAAAGCUACUGCAAAGGAGACACCGAAAUUCGUGACCAACCGUUCGGAAUACAGGUGCGCAACGUGCGCUGCAUAAAGUGCCACAAAUGGGGCCACAUCAACACGGACAAGGAAUGUACCAUGUACAGUCUGUCGAUGAGCGAGGCAAAGAAAAUUCAUUCGGAAGCAGAAGCGAACCAGAUCCUAUCCAAGGGCGAACUAGAGCAGCAGCUGCGCGACGAUGGACUUGCGAUGAAACGGAGCGCACAGGAGUUGGUUACAUCGCACAAGCUCGUAGCCGAUCCUGAGGUAGAACAAGCCGUACCGGAGACGGAGUUUAUACGUUCGCUGACAAAAAAGCAAAAAAAGAAGCUGUUGAAAAAGCUGGAAAAAAUCGAGAAGCGACAACGUUCGUCCAAAAAGAAGGGUAAGAAACGUACCAGUAGAAGUAGUUCAGGUAGUAGUAACAGUAGCGAUAGUUCGUCUUCAUCCGAUUCGGAAGCGGAUAGUCGAACGUUGAAAAAGAAGGCCAAAAAAUCCAACCACCAUCAUCAUCGAUCGGACGAUCGAAAUGGUGAGCGUAAGGAACGUGAGAGGGGCAAUGAAAGGCGGGAUAAGCAUCGGCACCACCGUAGUCGAUCACGAUCACCGCAUGCCGGAUCGUCACGCAGCCAUGACGCGACAAAGCAUAGCAAGCGCCGUGAUCGCUCCGACAGUCCACCAAAACGAGAUCGGAGUGGCAGACGUUAA